GUGCGGCGAAAGGGAAGGAGAAAGGGAAGAUAAGAGUGAAAGCGGCGAAUCCCAUCAAACGACCCGUGCGGUGGUAGGGUGCGUAGAUCGGGCAAAAUUCAUACCUCCCGACUCCUGUCAAAACUUGAUUUCAGUACUUCGCCGAUGGCUUUUCACUUCUGACGUCUUCCUUGGAUCUGUAGGUCUUUCAAAACCUUCGACGUUGUCUUAUCUUCCUAAAAUGCGACCCGUGCCCUUUUAACAGUUGGGAGAAGAAAGCGAAAAUGAAAAGAGAAACGAACGCCGUUCUCCUGUGCUCCUUCCUGGCCCUGGUCGGCUGUUCGAGCCUGUCUCCGGACUCGCUCAAAUUUUACCACGACAUCACCUCGGGGAAAGGGUUGUACACGAACUUCAACAAGAUAAUUUCCCUGAACCAAAGCAGCUUCAAGAACCAGGUCUUUGACAACACUUCAUGCUGGCUUGUAGAAUUUUACAACAGUUGGUGCGGCCACUGUCAUCGUUUCGCUCCGGUAUGGAAGCGGCUUGCCCUCGACGUCUACAAUUGGAGAAGCGUGAUAAAGAUAGGAGCAGUUGAUUGUUCAAAUCAGGCAAAUAUCCAGCUAUGUCGGCAGUAUGAGGUUAUGUACUACCCGACGGUUAAAUAUUUCCCAAAAUUGUCUCCCGACAAAUUUCUUGGAUCGCUCGUCGAUGAGAGGACGAUUAACGGUUUGAGACAUUUUAUCGUAAGCAGGCUUCAAGAGAGGAGUGAUCUGCCCCAGCUGUCUCAUUACAAAGGGACGUCCGAGGACAUCUGGAGUGGCAUUGGAGAAAAUUUUAUCAUCGCCGUUAUUGAUAACAACUCUUCUUUCAUAGGGCAAGAGUUGGCCCUGGAUCUCGUAGAGACGAAAGAAGUCAAAGUAGUCGUCGUUGAACCUUCGAAUGCCGAUGUCGUAGAAAACCUGGUCGUGACUUCCACACCGGCGAUUUAUCUUUUAGAAAAACAUGGAAACACUCAACACGUACCCAUCGAGCAAUUUACUAGAGAAGAUAUCCUCUCCGCAUUAGAUAAAUUAUUAAAACCGAAGGGUUUGAAAAUGCCCAAGCCCAUUGACUACGCUGAUAUUGAUGAUUCUGUUAUAGAUAUUACUCAAGCUAUAUCCUUGUUGCAAAUUGAAGAUCAAGUAAAGAAAAAGCUACAUUCAAAUCAAUUGAGCGAUACCGUGUUCCAAGUUGAUAUAGAAGGUGCUUUGUUGCAAAGCCUUUAUACCGAAAUCCCUUCGAAAAAACACAUCGAAGGUGAAAUGUUCAAUGCACUUUUCAAUUAUAUAGAAAUAAUUCAUAAAUUUUUCCCAAUAGGCAAAAAUGGUAUAGAGUUUUUGAGUUGUAUUAAACAGUCAUUAAUUAACAAGAAAAAUAUUGAUGGGGCAGAUUUUUAUAAUCUGACUGACGAGUGUCAGAAAAUGCAAAAACAGGUUUUUCUUCAGUCAAAAGAGAGAUGGCUCGGUUGUAAAGGGAGUAAAGUUACUCUUAGAGGAUAUCCGUGUUCCCUCUGGACCAUGUUUCAUACUCUGACGGUCCAAGCGGAUUUAAAGAAUGCCGAUGACCCAAAGCAAGUCUUGAGCGGAAUGACAGGUUACAUUAAAUACUUUUUUGGGUGCACAGAAUGUUCUAAGCAUUUUCAAGAAAUGGCGACGACAAUGGCCGGAAACGUUACCAGCACCGAAUCGAGCAUUCUAUGGCUCUGGAAAGCACAUAACAGUGUGAAUAAGCGACUUUCAGGCGACGAGACGGAAGAUCCGACACACCCAAAAGUUCAAUUUCCACCACAGAGCAUUUGCAAAAAUUGUACCAAUGAAGGCAUCUGGAACGAUACGGCAGUAUUAGAAUUUUUAAGAAAAAUGUACUCAAAAAUAAGUUUCAUCGUUAUAGAAGAUAUUCUACCAAAAACUUCUUCAUCUUCAACUUCUGUCCCGUUUAGCAAAUCUUUAAAGCACGAGGUUCUUGUCGAUGAAAAAGACGUAUCUUUCAAAAGUUUAGAGAAAGCUGGGCACAAUUCGUUGUGGGAUUUUAAUUUCUUUGAUAUCAGCCUCUGCAUCCUUUUAUACUUUGUUUCAAUGGCGAUUAUAUUGCUAGUUUGUUUUAAAUUUUACAAAAAGACUUACAGAAAGAAAGCAAAUUAUUUUGAUGUAUUUCAAAAAGUCUAACAAGUCGAUAACACUUGACACCACAUCACAAAGAUGAGGUAAUUGUAUUAUUUAGAGUGAUGAGAAUUCUUAAGCGCGUUCAUAAUUUGAUACUAUAAAUACACUACUUCCUUUUAUUUUUUUUAAUUUUAUUUUUAUUCACCUUUUUUUGUCAUUUAUUAUUUUUAACAAUAAUUUGUAAGAUUUAUUCCUUUGAACUUUUAUCUGUGAUAAAAAUUGUGUUGAUCUGUUGAAAUAUUUUAUUUAAUUUUUAUGACAAAUGGUUGUGAUGUAUGCCAAACGGCUUUAUUUUUUGCAUUGUUUGUUAUAAUAGUUAUUAAUUAAUUUGUGUUUUUAAAGAUAGACAAACAGACAAAAAAUAUACAGAGAGACUAAUAGUAAUUACUGUUUUAUCAUGUAUUAUUAUCUAAGUAUUGACAUAGUUUAUAUAGGAUGCCUUUAGAAAUGGAAGUUAAUUUAUUUCUAAUUUUAGCUCGCUAAUAAGUUAUAUGGAUAUUUUCUGAUACUAUGUAAACAAAACACUGUUCAUGAACUUUUUUAGAUGUGUAAAAAAACUAAUUUUGUACUUUCAAUCACUACACGAGUACACAUAUUUUAAACAGGUGGCAUUAUAACAAGUGAUUUGUACAAAAAAUAAUAAAAUCUUUUCAAUUGCUA